ACAAAACACGGCACGUGCCGGAUACAUUCGCAAACAAAGACGAUGUACGUUAAUAGGGGGAGUCCCACCACCAACGCCUCGAAUCGGAAGUGCCUCUUUCACAUUUUUGUUUUGUUAUGCACACUCCAUAUUUUAGGCUCGUUGUCUGCUUGCUCUCGGCCACUUCACAUGUUGACUCCGUGCUGGACACUCCUCAUCUGCUGUGCAUGUUUGAAAAGAGCUGAGUACCCUAGCUGGAUACGGAUUUCUGCACUUACCACCAAUGAUUUUAGUACUUCUCGAAAUACAACGUAAAAUCUAGUUUGAAUUAUUGCGGGAGGUGUACUUUGAAUCACCUUAUUCUAACGAAUUGUGAUUAUUUCGACAUUUUUAAAAGUGUUGAUCCGAUCUCGGCAAAUUGGCAAAAUGCCUAGAGGAUUUUUGGUAAAACGGAACCAAACUCUGGCAACGGUGUCACAUCGUUCUUGCUUACUGGAUUGGGCAGAAAGCAGUCAACAUCCCGGGCAUGCAGCUAUCGGAGAUGGGAUGGAGCUAGGGGUGCAGUGGUCCCCGACACGGCAUGUCGAUUCACCGGACUCGGGUUAUGGAAACAGCCCCGUGGAUCCGGCUGGUUACUCGGUGCCGACUCAAGCGUUCGGUUUCGGAAGGGACAGCUCAUUUUCUGCGUUUGUCUACAAGGAACCAGUGGGCAUCCAAACUACUUACUACAAGCAUCCACCUUCCUCUUCCGAGGCUUCUUCAGUAAAAUGUGACUUUCAAGACAGCGAUAAAACGAUUUGCAAAACGCCAACGACGCCAAAGGUCGAGUCGACUCCGACGAAAUCAUUACCAUUGAAGAAGCGACCCAUCCCCGAAGAUCAGUGGGCGACGGUUACAGCCAAACCAUUCCAGCCUGGUAAGAAACCAAGAGCUGUAAGAAAGCUCAACUUUGACAAUGACACCAAAUCACCUGUUAAUGGGACAAUUAUACGAGAAAGCAUCACGAGCAACCACGAAGGCGAAUCGUCAGUGCCGUGCGGUGACAAAACAAAAGGCAUGUUUGUUUGUAAGUUGUGCAGAGAAGACUACCACAACCCACUUUCUCUUGCUCAACACAAAUGCUCUCGCAUCGUCCACGUUGAAUUCCGCUGUCCCGAGUGCGACAAAGUCUUCAACUGUCAUGCUAACUUAGCUUCUCAUCGUCGUUGGCACAAGCCAAAACCAUCUGCAGAGUGCUUCCCACUUCCUCCCAGCAUCAUCCCAGUCACGGAGUCAGUCCUCGUGAUCCCCACACCAGCAGUCAGCAACAAAUUGAGCGAAGGAAGCAACAGAAAGACCAACAUCCCAACCCCCGUGACUGUUCCCCACAGCAAGAGCUUCCACAAGUGCGAACAUUGCAAGAAAAAGUUUAGACGGCCGGUGAAUCUCCGUAAACAUCUUUUGCACCGCCAUGGCGAAUCGGAUGUCUCGCCCUGCCGUCAUUGCGGACAGAUAUUCGGCAGUAUGCAAACCCAGACACUUCACUCCUGUUGGACUCUGGAAGGUGACGUCUUAUGAUUGGGACAAAACUGUUGACUGGUCAAUAACUGAACAGUUUUUUUUAAUAACUUAUUGGUUUUUGAAAUAUAAUUUUGUUGACUAUCCACAUUGUUAUAUGUCGUUAAAAUCCACCGUUUUUAGGGCCCUAUAUAAUACAUUUUAAAAAUACAUAAUUGAAGGAUAAAACAUCGUUUAUUUUAAUUUAUUUCGUCUGAAAACUCACUGAUUAUGAAAUGUUUUCCUAUAAUAAGUAAAGUCCUAUUUGAGAACACUGUAACGGAUUAAGCCCAUAUUAUUGUCACAUAUUUGUCAUUGCACGUUACAGUAUGGCUAUUGCUAUGUACACAUUACUGUCGUGACAUUGUGUUUUGAGCCCAUUUUCCAAAGAACAGUGCUUUAUUUGUAUUUAUGUUUUUUUUUCUAAGGAGAAAAUUAUUUAAGAACAGUAUUUAUACAUUUCGGAAAAAGCAAUAACUUUUAAUCGAACUUUACCACCUCACAUAGUUUUUUUUUAAUGAACAUUACUUUGUACUAUUUUUGCUCUCCAAAAUUGACAUUUGACAUUUAUUUAUGCUGUACACCUAUAUGCUGUAUUUCCCCAAACGGAGCAUUUGACGUCAGUUGUCCAGUGCUGAUACAAUACAAAACCAUUGCAUAUGUUAACAGCUUGAACAUUUUCAUUGAUUUCGGUUUCUAUGACGUCGAGAAAGUAUAGCCCAAAUAUUUAUUUAGAACUGUCAGUUUUAAAAGAAACUUUAAUUCGAUUUGUCCAUUGCUGGAUGUGAGGGUACCCGUGUAAUUGCAACGCUUUGUUACAUCUAACAAUACUUGGCCAUAAGCACUAUUGUACUUUAUUGAAUAACUAUUCCAAACAUAAUAGGCUGUAAAACACUGGUUUUGAGGCUCAACAGCUAUGGCUGUAUAAAUACCAGUUUUUGCAACAGCCGUUAACCAAUAGGCCAUAUACUAGCACUGCAAAUCAGUUGUUUUGGACACCAUAAUUAUAGUUCGUUUGAGAGCAAACAAAGAUUGGGUUUUGCAAAGUGCAAGCAACCUUCCCCCUUCUCGGAGUUGUGAAUUCUGAUAACCGAAACCAAUCAUGAUGUAUGCUUGUCCAUGCCUUUGUCACCCAUGUGUGUGAAAGCGAAUGUGGAAACCGAUUCUUUUGAAACCAUGGCCAUUGACCAAUUUGUGUUCUUUCAACCUCGGUUUUGUCACAUUUGUUUAAAUGGAAAGUAAACAAGAGAACACGGAAAAGAGGGGCCCCUUUUGAUAAAGAAAAUUUAGCAAGAAACAUCCCUAAACAAAUAUUUGUUCAUGUUAAGUGAAUCACGGGCCCUAUUUCAUAAAGCCCGUAUAAGCACAAAAAAACGUUAUGUGAUUUGGGCUCUGUUUCUGCUAAGCAAUAUUAUUGUGUGGUUGUGGUUAGAAAUAGAGCGCAUUUAUUAUUACAUUAAAUUUUCAUGGUUGGGACUGGUGCCCCACUCAGCUUUUGCUUAGCAAAGAAUUUGUUAAAGUAGUAUUUGCUGCUUUAUUAUAAGAUUGGGCCAUCUACUUUAUUCCUCCAUGGGCCAUGUAACAACUUGGCCUCCUAACUCAAUUACCAUGUGUAUACUUAUUAAUAAUGAAAACAAAAUCACACUCUGACUGAUUUGUUUGCCUAAUUUAUGAAUUUCUAAAUAAAGAUUUAUAUU